CCCCUCACCGGCCAUAUGGAUGCAUUCGCAAACACACCUCGCAACUUAAGCCGCAGCCUGCCUAAGCGCUUAUACGUCGCCAUCAUCUUCUAAUGAGGUCCAAUGAUACUGCCACAGCCUCCAGUGCCGCCAUUUUUGGGGCGAACCAACUUCCACGACGCUGGACAGGCGCACGAGGCGCAAGGCAACCAUGAAGCACACCACCGUCUGAACUCGCCCAGCGAACCUCGUGUCAAGACCUGCCAAGUAUGUGCCCGGGUAUCGCGUAGCGUUAAAUCCACUUCGGCCGGUCCUACAUAACGACCACCCCAGCCCAACGCCUCUCACAAAGCUCCUAAACGACUACCCUUUGUACGCCGUACCUGGACGCGAGGCUGCCUCGGUCUCGUAUCGCAUUAUGCCCGACCAAAAAAGCAGAGAUUCCGAAGAAUUUCUCCCGAAUGACGAAAUUGCUCGCUUCGUCAACAAAGAUCAAGUGGAAAAAGUUCUCAGGUUUGCAAACCUUGGUACUGAUACCAGCCUCAUCGACUUUGUGUCGGACGAUGCCAACCAGUUAUUCCUGAUCCUCGUAUCGAUGUCAAGCAAAGAUGAAGAGCAAGUGUCUUUUUUGGAAGCUCUGAAAGCCCAUCUUUUCACCAACAAGUCCCUUCCCAUUACGUUCCAAGGGGCUCGAAAUGCUGUCGGCGACAAAGUUUUCUGGUGGCAACCCUACUCACCCUCUGGCGGUGAUUGCCCCCGUCUCCCUCUUCACAUUCAGCGUUGUGGCCGCAUCCAGAAAGACCUCUUCCAGAUAAACCAGUGGAGGUUCAUUGCCCCAGUAUUCGGAACAGGGCAAGACUUCCGCUUUCAUUUCCGAAAAAGCGUAGUACUUCCGUACCUGGAGGUCAAGCAAAGAGUAGAAAGCCGAGGGUUCUUUGGGGAGGUGUUGCAAGUAAUUGUUCAUGCAGCGCAUAUCAAUGCUCCGAACUUGAUCAAGACGGCUCCGUAGCGGUUGCACUGAAGAAGGCAAACGACGACCCUGAGCUUCGCAAGUUCUUUGACAAAGAGGCAAAUAAUCUCGAGAGAUUUAGAAAUUUCAAGUCGAACCACCUGAUCAAACCUAUCGCGGCCUACGAACAAGACCAAGAUCGCUGUCUCCUCUUUCCUUGGGCAGAAGGGGGGAACCUGGCUCAAUA